AUGCGCCUCUGGCAGGGCGCCGGGCGGGCGGGCGCACAGCGCUGGGGGACGUCGGGGGCCGGCCGCGCCUCUGCCCCGGGCCGCUGGCCAGCGGCGCCGGGCGCGGGUGCCCGCGACGUGGGCGACGGCAGCAGCACGUCGAGCGCGGGUAGCGGAGGCAGCCCGGACCACCACCACCACGUCCCGCCCCCGCUGCUGCCCCCCGGGCCGCACAAGGCCCCCGACGGCAAGGCAGUAGCCACGCGCCGGUCCCUGGACGACCUGUCGGCGCCACCGCACCACCGAAGCAUUCCUAAUGGCCUGCACGAUCCCGCGUCCACCUACAUCAGGCAGCUGGAGACCAAGGUGAGGCUCCUGGAGGGUGACAAGCCCCUCGCACAGGUGCCCGGCCUGCUUGCUGCAGCCACUGGACAGCAAAAUGAAGGCCAGGACCACGAUCUUGACCCGAAGCCUCAGCUGCCCCGCCCCUACGGCCGCCCAAGGAGCUGGCUUCAGCAGGCAGGCUCUGGAGAGUUCCGGACUCUGAGGAAAGGCUUCUCCCCGUACCACUCGGAGUCCCAGCUGGCGAGCCUCCCGCCCUCCUACCAGGACUCCCUGCAGAACGGCCCAGCUUGCCCGGUACCUGAGCUGACCUCGCCCUCCUCUGCCGGCUACAGCUCUGCGGGACAGAAGCCGGAAGCCGUUGUGCACGCCAUGAAGGUCCUGGAGGUACAUGAGAACCUGGACCGGCAGCUCCAGGACAGCUGUGAGGAAGACCUGAGUGAGAAGGAGAAGGCCAUCGUCCGCGAGAUGUGCAACGUGGUCUGGCGAAAACUGGGAGACGCGGCCAGCUCCAAGCCCUCCAUCCGGCAGCACCUGUCUGGGAACCAGUUCAAGGGGCCUUUGUAGGGCUGCUCCUCCGGGGACGUGGACUGGCCCUGCGGGGUGCCUAGGACGAGUCGCAGGCCACCGUGUUCGUUUUCUGUGGUGAAUUGUACAUAGGACGCUGCCCGCCGUGACCCAGCUGCUGUGGGUCCAGCACGAUGACAGCCGGGCCUCCGUCUCCCUCUUCACACACCAGCACACGGAAGACGAGAGGCUGCCGGCCGUGCCCUGCGGCUGAGCGACCCGGCCAGCCUUGGUCCCGCUCUGGGGCCACCCUGCUGAGAGGCUGAAGGCCGCUCUGGGACGCCGGGCCCGGCCUUGGCCGAGGGGCACCUCAUCGAGCCUUCCACCCCCUGGCUGCUGCCCUCAUUGGACAGAGGCUGCCGGCAGCUGGACCUGGCACAGGGGGCACCACUUCUCACCCAUCCGCUGCAGCCUGAAUCCCAGCUCACUGAGCACUGCGUCCCAAGUCGCGGACAGAGAAGCUCACGAUGUCUGGCUGGCUGGAGGCCCCGAGGCCCGUCCUCUGGCCUCCCCCAGUCCUGUGCCCGGCUCCCUGCUGCAAGCUGCCGCUUGGUUUCAGGGUUCUUGCCCCCAGCCGCAAACACACACACGCUCACUGCAGACCGGGCCAGGUCGUGCCCUCGCUUUUCGGGUCCCUCCUGCCCGGUGCCUGAGGCCCCUGCAUUUCUGUGGUUCACGUGAUGGGCCAGGAAGGUAGGAGGCUGUGGGGAGUCUCUGCGCUGAGCCCCACGCUCUCUCUCCAGAGGGGCAGCACCGGGCCAAGCUGGGCCUCUGGUGUCCCCAGAGCCUGGCCCGAGCUGGGGUCACUGUGGACAGAGCUGCACGGGCUGGCCGAUGGGGGACUUCUGCCCUCUCUGGAAGGAGCCUGACCUGGCUCUGGCUUUAAUUGGCUGUGUGACCCUCAGCAGGUCACUCAGCUGCUCCAGGCCCGUGGUGGCAAAAUGAGGUCUCAGGUUCUUUGGGCCGUGCUCACCCCCCGAGGCCACCCGCUUUGUUCCGCCUGGGCCCUCUGUCGCCCCGCGCCCGGGCGCUCCGUGUGCUGUGGAGACCGCUGCCGUCUGAGCUGGACGGAGCUGGGGGCUGAGCAGGAUUCCACUGCCUUGCUGCCUCCUCCUAGGUGCUGUCACCUCCCCUCUCUGAACCUGAGUGUCCUUCACUGGAGAAGGGACAGCCUCGGGCCCUCCUCACAGGGCUGGGGAUCAGACGAGGCCUUCGGUGUAAAUGACCAUGUGUGAACUCUAGAGUGCGACAGACAGAUGUUGAAAUCAGUGAGGAAGGUGAGGCCCAGAGGGUGGGUGAUCGGGGGCACAGUCCAGACAAGCUCCUGGACGGUGGGCGGUGGGUGGGCCACCGUUAAUGCUGUUGGCACCGGCCCUGAUGGCCACUCAGCCCCUCCUGCCUCUUUCACUGUCCGGUGGUGUUCAGCUCCCUGCCGCAAGCACUUGAAGAGCCCAGGAGGCCGCUUUUGCAGCAGGCAAGCCUCGUCCAGGCCCGCGUGAGGGACGGGGGCCAGGCGAGGGGGUGGGGGAGGCCACCGUGUUCCUAGAGCCCCAGCGGGGACUCUGUGCCAUCCCACUGCCUGUCGGCCAUUGGUGCCCUUGGGUUGGUCCUACACUCUCAGGGGAAAGGCUCACAGCCCUCGUUGUGCCCAGGGAGUGCUAAGUGGGUGCUGGUGAUGGCGACAGGCAUGUUCCUCUCGCCCUGGGUGUUACAGGGAGCUCUGGGCUCUUCCUGGAGGGAGCUCGCCAGCAGGUCAGGUGGGAGCUCCUUGUCACUAGGGGUAUGCAUUGGAAGCUGGGGAACAUCCUUGGUCAUGGUAGCAGGCAAUUCUUGUCCUAGGGGCAGUGAGCUGGGGGGCAGAGGCCCCCUCUGGAUCUUGGAGUCCAAAGAACCGCAGAGCAGCCCGAGGUGGGGGGUGGGGGGCCCAUUUUGGGGGGAAGCCACGUCUGGGAGCCCCUUUGUCAUGUCUGGAUCAGGUUGGCUCGGCCACCACUGAAAAUAAGCAAUAAGUAAGGACUCCCGGUAUCAGCAGAUCUCCUGCAAACCGACCCAGGGAAGAACAGCUUUGAAGGGCCCGUCCUCGCCUCUGGAAGGCAGUGACCCUGUCCCUCAUGCUGUGGGGGCAUCCAGGGGUCAGGUGGUACGUUUCUGCCCGGACCCUCCUGUGUGCCCGGGAGGCAGCAGAGCUGGGCGCAGACCUCCUUCCUGCUGCUGCUCGCGUUCCUGAGCCAAGUGCACGGGGAUGGCUUUCAAGGACAGAGCUGUACCUGUGAUGGUCGUCUAACGGAAUAAGCUGUUAAAAAAAAAAAAAGCCAGCAGCCCCUCUGCCUGACCCCGCAGGGCAGGGGGUGGGCCGGUGCAGUGGGAGCCCCCAGGCUGGGGAGGGUCAGAGGAGCCGCACCCCAGGGGCGGCUGGGGGGCCAGGUCAGCACCAGUCCCAGCCCUGCCAGCCACAUGGCCGUGCGCCGAGGGACGGUGGGCGACCCUCCUCCCCUCUGGAGCCUUAGCUGUAGAAGCUUAGGGUGGGGGUGGGGUUGUUGGAACUUGAUGCCCUUUCAUAAAGGUCCCUUGACGUUUCAGAUACUCUGAUUCUCCAUCUUGAAGCCCCGUGUGACAUCUGUCCUGGGGCUUCGGUUCCCACUGUGAUGGAUGUCACCCUUCCAGCCUCGCCCCAGGUAGCCAAGCCUCCUGGGAUCAGAGUCUGCUGAGCACAUUUUUUAGGGUGGCACAUUUUUAUCCAAAAGUUAUUAGCUACACAUCAGUGUUGAAAGAGAAAAAAGUGACCUUUCAUUUUUUUUUUCUUGGAAACUUGAGAGGAAACAAAAUACAUACUACUGAUUUUUUUUUUUUGAAGGAACAAGCUAAAUGCAUGACUGCAGAGCGCUAGAGGUGUCUAUUUUUCAUACUGUGGGGGGAGUAUUUGUGCUGCUUUCUGGAAUUGGGCUGGAACGUCUGGUGCCGGGCCCGGGCCGUCAGCCGUGCUGUUUUCUGUGGUGGGUGACGGCCCUGAGAACGGGGCCAGCCCCUCCCCCGGCUCCAGGCGGAGCUGGGAGCUGCAGACCCUUGUGCCCAUUUCCACCUUCCACUGAACCACUUUGAUUUGGGGAGAGAAAAAGAGAUAGAACUUUUGAUAGUGUGGUAAAAACAUUGAUUUGAACUAUUUUAGUAAAAGGAGUAACAGAAGAUUGUGAUAGUGUCUACUUUGCGCUAGAUAAAUAAAGGCCCUUUGCAAGCCUC